GUUUGAUCAGCGCUGGGCUUACCGGUUUGAAGAACGAUGGAAUGUAGUGACACUUGGAUCAGGUCUUUGCAGGUUCAAGUAGUCAACCAGCAAGCGCCAUUCCUAUCUCCAUGUGGCACCUGUUCUGAAACUUGAUGUCCUCCAGUCCACAACAUCCCGCAUUUUAUCCCUCCCGUCGCCAACUAUGGACAAACACAACGGGAGUCCAACCGGGUUGGUGUUCUCGUUUCCUGCAUCGAAGUGGUUUGGGCAGCAAUUGCGGUAGCCUGCAUGCUGCGUGGGCCGCAUUUUUUACUGCUUUCUCUACUUUGUGGCUUGUAAUCAACGCUGUUUCUCGAUAUUGUGCAUUUAAAUCGCAGGCUUACGAUCCCCGCUUCGGUUCGCAGUGGGACGAGACUGUAACAUUGAAUACCCAACUGAUCGCUAUCAUUAUUGCUCUCGCGCUGUUACCGGUCAUGUUCUACUCCGCUAUUUCACGCACUGGUCACUUGGCCAACGAUUCUAUCCUCCUCGGACGCGAUAUUGUUCAUCUUCAGAAGCGGCUGUUUGCCUGUGCCUACUUCAGACAGUUAUGGAAGUCCGCAUUCAACAACUCAGCGGGGCUUGUAAACGUUUCACAUGAAGAAGGUAGCCCACAUGAAGAGGAAGCAUUGGAAACUUUGUUAGUGAAAAGAAAAGGCCACAAUUUUUACGCCAGUUUGAUCCACACAUUCCGACCAUACUCCGCUAUCAUCUACGUUUUAAUUGUAUACUGCCUACUCUUUCCGGUUAGUAUACUGGAGGCGGAACAAAUACGUAACGAGGCGAUUCAUCCCCGUAAGUAA